GCAGUCCACAGCCCGCAGACUCUGGUCUGUCGGAGACAUAGUCUGUACCCCAGAAAGAGCACGUCGGGACCACUCCCGUAGUUGGUGCCGGCUAUGAACUGGGAGCAUCGUGCACGCCCGGAAGAAGGCAGGGGGGGCCAGGCCGCGCUGUGUCCUUAAGAAUGCUCUCUUGCUCUUAACAGAGACCGUGAGUAAGGUGGCCCCAAAUCCCAAGAGAAGCCCUUAGUCUGGGUGUUUAAUUGAGGCAGAAGAGAGAUGCAGAGGCCUCCAUGGCUGUGAUAAGCCUGCUCUUCUUGGCAGUGAUGUACGUUGUUCACCACCCCCUGAUGGUCAGUGACCGGAUGGACCUGGACACACUGGCCCGGAGCCGGCAGCUGGAGAAGCGAAUGAGCGAGGAGAUGCGGCAGCUAGAGAUAGAGUUUGAGGAGAGAAGGCGAGCCGCUGAGCAGAAGCAGAAAGCGGAGAACUUCUGGAGAGGAGACACAUCCACUGAUCAGCUAGUGCUGGGGAAGAAGGACAUGGGAUGGCCGUUCCAGGCCGGUGACCAAGAUGGGGGGCCUCUGCGCUGGAUGCUGGGGAACCUAUGGAAUGCGGGCCUCUUUUGCCUUUUUCUCAUCUUUGAGCUCCUGCGACAGAACAUGCAGCACGAGCCAGCCUUUGACUCCAGCAGCGAGGAGGAAGAGGAAGAGGUCCGCAUCGUGCCUGCCACCUCUUACACCUGGCUCUCUGAUUUUCCCUCCCAGGAAGCCCUGGAGUCCUUUUACAAACAUUAUAUCCAAAAUGCCAUCCGCGACCUGCCCUGCACCUGUGAGUUUGUGGAGAGCUUUGUGGACGAUCUCAUUGAGGCCUGUCGGGUGCUCAGCCGCCAGGAGGCUCACCCGCAGCUGGAGGACUGCCAGGGCAUUGGAGCUGCCUUUGAGAAGUGGGGGACCCUCCACGAGACGCAGAAGUUUGGUGUCCUGGUGCCCAUUGCCCCUCCGCAGGGCACUAGGUUUGUCUUGGAGAUGAGAGAUCCGGCCCUGGGCCGUCGUUGCGGCUCUGUGAGGGUGGACUCGGGAUGCAGGUGCAAACAGGAGAAGCUCCUGGGGGAUGUGCUGUGUCUGGUGUGCCACCGCAGGGACCAUUCAGCCAUCUUGAACGAGUGUAGCUCCAUCAAGGCGGCUCUCUGCACCGGCUCGCACCUGGACGUGUGUAAGACCGUGCAGUGGUUCCGCAACAUGGUGAGCAACGCCUGGGCCCUAGUGGCCCACAAAUAUGACUUCAAGCUUACCCUCCCACCAUCCACCACCUCCUGCAAGCUCAGGUUGGAUUACCGCUCAGGCCGCUUCCUAUCCAUCAGUUUGGUUCUUGGGGUGCAACGGGAAGAUACCUUGGUCUACCUGGUGAGUCAGGCCCCAGAGCUAGAGCAGCUCACCAGUGUGGACUGGCCUGAGUCCUUCGCGGCUUGUGAGCACUUGUUUCUGAAGCUGGUGGGACGCUUUGCCCCUGAGAACACCUGCCACCUCAAGUGCCUGCAGAUCAUCUUGAGUCUUCAGGACCACACGAGGUUACCCCCAGGAGCGACCCGCCCCAUCCUUACCUCCUACCACUUCAAAACAGCCCUCAUGCACUUGCUGCUCCAACGGCCUCUGACGGACUGGCAGCACUGCAUGCUGUCCCGGCGGCUCCAGGACCUUCUCUGCUUCUUAGGCCAGGGCCUCCAGCAAAGGUCUCUCCAUCAUUUCCUCAUUGGCAACACCUUCCUGCCCCUGACCAUCCCGAUCCCUAAGACAUUCCGGAAUGCUGAGCCUGUCAAUCUUUUCCAACACCUGGUGCUGAAUCCAGUGGCGCACACACAGGCCAUGGAGGAAUUCCACAACCUUUUGGCCCAGGUGAAAACUCUGCCUUGCUCCCCACCGGAUGGAGGACUUUAAUGGAAAGGCCAUUAAAAAAAAAAAAAAAAUAGGAGAAGUUCUUUCUGAUUCCUCGGGCUACGAAAGCUUAUUUCUCACACAGCCAGAGGUGUCUGUGACCUUCACCUUGCCCGUGGGGACCACGGGAGAGUAAGCCGUUCUUAGGAGCCUGUGAAGAAGGCCCCAGCCAAUGGAGCCUAGUCUGAGGGCUGGGAUGGCUGAUGUUUUUAGUCUCCUGACUUGAGUCAGGACCCAGAGAACGUAAAAGUACAUGGAAGCAGCUGUCAUGGGAGGAGUUUGCUGCUGAGGAGAUCCUGUUCAGUUGUGUUUCUGCGUCACCACUGGCAGCACAAGCUCCAGAGAGAGUGCCAUCCUAGCUGGCUUCUUUCUGUGACUUGCUCCGCUGUCCCUUUGAAAGGCACUGUUAGCUUAAUUCCUACCCAAACUGCUGCAUCCAGCUUUCCUCCCUCGAACCAACAGACGCAGCACAUACUUCAGGAUGGAGGUUUUCAUAACCUCCCUAGUGUGAAAUUAUAAAUAUGUCUUUUCUAUUUUUUUGUUUUUUGCCCUUUUUUUUUGAGAC